AUGAAGUUGAAAAGAAGCAACUAUCGAAAUGAAAUAGAGGAGAAAAAAGGUUGGAAAAGAUGGAACAAUUUUUCGAAAACGACGUUGGAAAACAUUUUCCGAGAUGAAAAAUUUUCGGUUAAUCAAAAUGUUACGGGGACCAUUUUAGGAAUAGUUGAGAUAUAG